UGGCCUGACCAUUUCUGCAGGCUAUCUACGACAUCGACUACUCAUUAUGAGGUCCAUUUGUGACAAACUACGUCCGUGUCUGGCAAUUGGUAUUUUGUUCAUCUGUACAGUAUGCGCCAGCGGCACGGUGAGGUUGGCGGGUCCGACCUCGACCAGUUGCUCGGGCCGCGUGGAGGUCUUCCACGGCGGCGCCUGGGGCACGGUGUGCGCCGACUUCUGGAACCUCACCAACGCCCACGUGGUGUGCCGCGAGAUGGGAUGCGGCUCGGCGCUUUCCGUGAGCAAAGCCGAGCUCGACUUUGGCCACGCCACCGGGCAGAUCUGGCUGGACGACGUGCAGUGCACCGGGAAGGAGCUGUCCCUCCUCAAGUGUCCGCACAGGCCCUUCGGCGAGAACGACUGCCUUCACGGAGGAGACGUGGCGGUGGUGUGCUCGGAGCACGUGAGGGUGAGCGACGGCAGCGACCACUGCAACGGCAGAGUGGAGGUCUUCUUCGACGGCCGCUGGAGCAAGGUUUGCGCUGAGCUGGGCCCGCCCGAAGCCAAGGUGCUCUGCCAGGAGAUCAACUGCGGGAAGCCUCGGACGUCCGGCCAAAAGCCGCAUUACGGCCAAUCUCGGGAAACCUCGGCGGUGAAAAGCACCUGCUCGGGCAACGAGACGUCCUUCUCGCAGUGCUCGCACAAAGCCGUCAACGAACAGUGCCCGGACGCCGGCGUGUCCUGCCAAUAUAGCGAACAUCUGCUUCGUCUGGUCAACGGGAGCCACCGCUGCGCGGGCCGAGUGGAGCUCUUGCACCAGGGCCGCUGGGGCCCGGUGUGCGACGACAAAUGGGACAUGGCGGAGGCCACCGUCACGUGCCGCCAGAUGGGCUGCGGGGCCCCGCUGGCAGUCAAGGACAAGGCCUUCUUCGGUACCACCGCCGGCAAUAUCUGGCUGGACGAUUUGGAAUGCACGGGCCAGGAGAAGUCGCUGUCCGAGUGCCCGCACCUAGGAUUCGGCCAUCACGACUGCAGCCCCGACGAGGGCGCCGGCGUCAUAUGUUCAGAAACGCUGCGGCUGAGCAACAGCAGCAGGCGCUGCUCGGGCCGCCUCGAGGUCUUCCACCACGGCGAGUGGGGCAAGCUGUGCCAUCGCGACCUGGGCGCCAAGGAGGUCGCCAUGCUGUGCCGGGAGCUCAACUGCGGAGGGCCGUCCAAAUCCCAAGAGUACUUUGGCGAAAGCCCGCUCAGGAGCUACCGGGGCUCCUGCGGCAAAGACGCCACCUCCUUCUCCCAGUGCAGCGUCCGGGAGAGCGCCGAGGCGUGCCGAGGCUUUUCGCUGUCGUGCGAAGAUCCUCCGACGCUCCGGUUCGUCAACGGCACCGACCGAUGCUCGGGCCGAGUGGAAAUCCAACACAGGAGCGCUUGGGGGACGGUGUGCGACGACCAUUGGGACAUCCGAGACGCUCAAGUGGCGUGCCGGGCCAUGGACUGCGGCACGGCCAUCACGGCCAAAUCGGGCGCCUAUUUCGGAAGAGGCACGGGCUCCGUCUGGCUGGACGACGUGGCGUGCAUCGGCAACGAGUCGUCCUUGACGGACUGUGAGACUAAUAGCCCCUUGGGCCUCAGCAACUGCCAUCACGACGAAGACGCCGGCGUGGUGUGUUCAGCCACCAUCCGACUGAUAAACGGAAGCAACCAGUGUUCGGGUCGGGUGGAGUUCCACCACCAAGGCCACUGGUGGCCCGUCUUCAACGUCCAGUGGGGCUUGCACGAAGCGGUCGUGGUGUGCCGGGAGAUGAAUUGCGGCGAUCCCGUCGAGUAUGCCGGAUCUUUCGGGCAAAGCGGGGAGCACAGCGGCUACACCAUCAGCUGCAGCGGCAGGGAGAAGUCGCUCGAGCAGUGCUCCUUGCGCGAGUCCGUCCGAAACGUCCAAAACCAGGAGGCGUCGGUCCGAUGCUCAGGCAACGUGCGCUUGGCCGGCGGCGUCCACCGCUGCGCCGGGAGGGUGGAGUUCUACGACCAAGGCCGCUGGGGGGACGUGUGCGGCGAAACGUGGGACACCAGCGACGCCCAAGUGGUGUGCAAGCAGCUGGACUGCGGCAAAGCCCUCAACAUCACCACGGCCGCCGAGUACGGCCGCGGCUCGGGGCACGUCUGGAUGAUGCAGAAGGAGUGCAGCGGCACGGAGUCCACCUUGGCGCAGUGCCCGGAAAGCUCCUUGCUGGACGGAUCGUGCAACACCACGUCGCUCGCCGGCGUCAUCUGCUCAGAGAGCUUGGAGGUGCGCUUGGUGCACAGCGAGAGGGAGUGCACGGGGAGAGUGGAGGUCCAGCACGACGGCGCCUGGUACUCGCUGUGCGACACCCACUGGGACCUGGCCAAGGCGGACUUGGUGUGUGAUCGUCUGGAGUGCGGCCGCGUCGUCAGCGUCCACGGCGCCGCCCACUACGGCCAAGGCAGCGGAGCCGUGAUGGAGGCCAGCGACGGCUGUUUCGCCAAUAGCACCUCGCUGCAGCAGUGCUCGCUCAAGGGUUUCGCCCGCUCCACGUGCCAGCACGAUCGUGACGUCGGCGUCUCCUGUGGAGAAAAAGUGCAGCUGGUCGGCGGCUGGAGCAGCUGUUCGGGCCGCUUGGAGGUGUUCCACGCCGGCCGGUGGGGGACGGUGUGCGACGACGAAUGGGAACUGAGCGCCGCCGACGUGGUGUGCCGACAAUUAGGCUGCGGCCACGCCGUGUCGGCGCCCUCCAAUGCGCAUUUUGGCCGAGGCAGCGGCCCCAUCUGGCUGGACGACGUGGUGUGCGGAGGCCAGGAGCUCGCCAUCACGCACUGCAAUCACCUGGGUUUUGGCGACAACAACUGUGGCCACUCUGAGGACGCCGGAGUCAUCUGUUUGGGUGCUCUGUCGAAGCCUCGCAUCGCCGUGAGUCCUUCCAGCCAAGUUCACUGGGGUGAAAAUGUGGAGUUCACCUGCACUAUCCUGACGGAGCACCAAGGCGGCACCUUCCUGCUGAAAAAGUUACAGGACUCCUUCAAGCUCCAAAAGUAUAGCGAGAACGAGGCGGCCACCUUCAGCCUGUCCAGAGUCAACUCCAGUCACCAGGGCUCCUACUUCUGCGAGUAUCAAAAGAAAGUGCCUGCUAACAUCAUCUACUUCCCUCAAGGAGAUCCCGUGGAGCUCGACGUCAAAGUGGAGCUGGAGAAGCCGCAAAUCUCCAUGACCACCUUCCAGGUGAUGGUGGUCUACAGUCCCCGGGAGAUGUCGGUCACACGGGGCAGCAGCUUCUCCGUCACGUGCUCUGUGCAUUCUCUGUACUCCCGCGGCACGUUCUACCUGAAGAACACCGACACCAACGUCACCAGCGCCAAGGCGGCUUUCGGACGCACCCUUUUCUACGUGGCCGUCUUUGAAUUCCCCGACAUUGAGGACGAGGACCGAGGAGCUUACGUCUGCCUCUACGCCGUCAACUUCUCCUCCAAUGCUUUUUGGUCCACUCCCUCCACCUCGCUUUAUAUCAACGUCGUGGCGGCUUCGUCGUCAUCGCUGGUGCCGGGAAUUGUCAGCGGAUUGCUUUUGCUGCUGCUAGUUGUCACUGUGGGUUAUCUGCUCUGGAGAAGAAGGAGGCAGCAUGCCGGCCCCUCCAUUCGAUUCGGAGCCAUGAAAUCCGCCUCGGAAGACACGAGCGAUCGACGGUUCGAGGGCAGGCAUCGCAGCGAGAUGAAGAAAGCCCAACAGAGAAUAUUUAUGGUCCUCGAUGGGAAGGGGAUCCCCUAUGAGAUGGUGGACAUUGCGGCGAGUGACAAAGCCAAAGAAUCGAUGAGGUCAAUUGCUGGGAACCCGACUGCACUGCCCCCGCAAAUAAGCAACGGGAACACGUACUGCGGAGACUUCUCCGCAUUCGAAUCGGCAAUUGAGAAUGAAGCACUGGAAGCUUUUCUCAAACUCUGAGAGGAGACUCCACCAUUAUAUGAAUGAUGUCUUUGUUGUGUCAGAUGUUUAAUUUGGCUCCUUCAUGACACAAAUCAAUAAAGAAAAAUGAAAAGUAA